GCGCCGAAGCUGCAGCCCGGAUCACACUGUAUGAGUCAGUCGGUUGGUAGAGAGAGGGGGGGUCAAUUGCACUCUAAAGCUCAGCGUUGCACCGAUAGCUGCUGUUUGUGAAGCGGGUAGAUACAGAGAGAAGUGGGGAGUAUGGCUGCUAUUCGGAAGAAGCUGGUGGUGGUGGGAGAUGGAGCCUGCGGGAAGACCUGUCUCCUGAUUGUCUUCAGCAAAGACGAGUUCCCCGAGGUCUAUGUGCCGACUGUGUUUGAGAACUACGUGGCGGACAUCGAGGUGGACGGGAAGCAGGUGGAGUUGGCUCUGUGGGACACGGCAGGCCAGGAGGACUACGACCGUCUGAGACCCCUCUCUUACCCGGACACCGAUGUCAUUCUGAUGUGCUUCUCGGUGGACAGCCCGGACUCGCUGGAGAACAUCCCCGAGAAGUGGGUGCCCGAAGUCAAACACUUCUGCCCCAACGUGCCCAUCAUUCUUGUGGCUAACAAGAAGGACCUGAGGAACGAUGAGAACGUCAGGAACGAGCUGGCUCGAAUGAAGCAGGAGCCGGUGAAGACCGAGGACGGCCGAGCCAUGGCUGUCCGUAUCGGAGCCUAUGACUACCUGGAGUGUUCGGCUAAGACCAAGGAGGGGGUCCGGGAGGUGUUCGAGACGGCUACCCGGGCAGCCCUUCAGAAGAGAGCCCGACCCAGCACAGGCUGUACUAACUGCUGUUCCGUCUUAUGAUGCUGUUUACUACCGACUGACGCUCUCUGGGAAACCGAACUCUCAUAUUUAUCACACUCUCUCUUCCCCCGUUUUGGACAGACUUCAAUCGAGCGGGGGAUGAGUCAACUGGGGAGUGAGGAGGGUUUUUUCUGGGGGGGGUGGAAUGGGAUGGGACAAGGUUCUCUCUCCUGAAGAGUCGAUGGAUCCACUGACUGGGGGGUGGGGUGGGGUUCGUUAAGCUCUUAACAUCACAUCACGUUGAUUUUCGGCCAAGACUGGACCAGCGAACCCUUUUCCUGAGACUGUGUGCUGUGAUGGGGCAGACUGGGACUGGAAAUAUGUCGUUGUUUGUGUGGUUUUUAAUCUGUAAAUUAUCUGAGCAUUUUUCACUCGCGAGAAAAGAUUAGGACUCUUUGUCUUUAAUGCCUCCUUGGUUCUAUCUGGUAGACGGGAGGCAACAGAAUGAGAUCAAGCUUUGUCAAGGGGUUGGGGUGGAUGGGGGUAGGGUACAGUCUCUAUUCCUGGCUUCACUGUUUUUGGGGGUGGGGGCGCGGGAAUGGUGUUAGAUCGCACUGAGACUUGCUACAAGAACACGAGCCACUUCCUGCUCGGACACAUUGCUGGACACUUCCUUCUCCCCCCCCCCCCCUCUCCCCCGCCCCCGAGUUGUUUUUUGGGGGUGGUGGCCGCGUAUUGGUCUCCCUUACCAUGUCCCUCUAUCCAAGAAUGACUGCUCUCAAUGCCAAACCGUUCGAAUUACUUUCUUAUUUUGUAAAGUAAAUACUGCUCUGGCAUCUCACCCAAAAAAGUUUUGGGACAUUUUAAAAAAAAAAAUUGUUGAAGAAUGAGAAGAUGCAUUUUCUGUGCUGACAGUGUUUCUUUCUAGAAGGGAAAUGACAGCCCUUUUUAAAGAGGCUGAAAAGUGCAUUUAAUAUUUUUGAUACGUUUCCCAAGUGGGUACUGAGGUUGAUCAUUGUCUCAGUUUCAAAAAAAGACUAACGAAAAAUGGCGAAGCUUGCAAGACGACGCGUUUGUUUACAGAAUCCUAUACUGAAUUGUAAGCUGUGUACAUCCAUUUUCACGAAGGGAAAUUAUUAAAUAUAAUCGGACCCCGUU